UGAUUUUGUUAGGGAUGAACUACAUUUCCCAGCAUGCACUCUGCUCAUCAGUGUCUGGUUUUCAGGAAGACAACACAAGUAGAAAAACGAAAGCAAAUACUGAGCUCAGGCAAAGCUUCCUCAGGUGGUAUCUAUCUGCGCAACUAUGGCUACUGCACAAGCUGCCAAGGCAGAAAGAACCAUCGUGGUCUACGGUGUUCCAGAUGGCGGCCUAAAUGAUGACAUCAUGGUUGACAUACUAAUGAUUCAUUUUCAAAAGGCAAAGAAUAAAGGUGGAGAUGUGGAAGGCAUAGUCUAUCCUACGCUAACAAAAGGAGUUGCAUAUGUAACGUUUGAAGAUAAACAAGUUGCAGAGAAUGUUCUUGUAAAAGGCAAACACAGCCUAGAGGAUAAGAGGCUACAUGGGGAAUAUCCCCUGAAAAUAUCAUUGUAUGGAGAAAGUGUUUUUACCUGUGUCACCUGUGUCCUUGAUUUGUCUUUAUUUGGAGAAAAAUACAUCUUGGAGGAUCUGGUGCAAGAGCUGAAGACGAACCUCGCAACUCUGUGUUUUGGGCCGUUGCAUGCUAAUGGGCAAAUAACUGUGCAGGGGCCAUUUUCAGCGAUCAGAACUCUCCAAAGCAAGCUUUUAUUAAAAAUAAAAAAUUCUUUCUCAGAACAGCACGCUAAGAGGAAAAUAAAGGCACCAGAUGACAGACCUGAUUCCAGGCCAGCAAUCAGUCCAUUGUCGUUGGAAUCAAGCAGGAAUUUUGUUCCAAAUGCAAACAAGGAAAUAAGAAAUAAUCCUGUUCAAAGUGCAAGCAAGGAGCGACUAAUUGUUGCCCUGGACACUGAUCUAUAUCUCUACAUGAAAAAAUUCAAAGGCAAGCUGUAUCAAAAGAGCCUUGAAAAAUGUGGUGUUGUCAGCCAUGAGUUUGUGGAUGGUGAGAUUACUACAAUAUAUCUAGAUCAUGACAACGCUAAGCCCGGUCCUAAACAAUUAAAAGGAGCCAAAAGUAUAAUUGAAGGUUUGGUGGCAGAACUACAGGGCUCCUUGCGCAAAGAGACUUUGCCUCUCUGUGGAUCCGACAAAGCUGAGAAAUUGAAACGUGAGCAGGCAUGUGGGACCGUACGCACUCAGUACCCCAAUGUUCUGGUUAUUUCUCAUCCAACACACAUAGAUAUUAUAGGAUCCUCUUCCGACAUAUAUGGAUUUGCACAGCAAGUGAAUAAAAUGGUGGAGGGGUUCAAAAAAGGGCCUUGGAGAUAGUCGGCAGUUGAUUGAUUGGAGAGAGUAGCCAAGCUGCAAUUAAAAAACAGCAGCUUGCAGUAGAGUUAACUCCCCAUAAUAUAUAGGCGCACUUAGCGAUGUUGCAAGGGCAUCACAAGAUCCUUGCCCCACAUCAUGGGCUGGCUGAAGCAGGAACAUGGCGUUGGUAAAUCUGCCCAAGCAUUACACAGAGAAAUGGGAGAAGCUGACAGAGGAGUGGUGUUUUUGGUGGCAGUACCGCAUGGACUGUAAUUACUCGUUCUGCCUUAAAGGUAAAGUGUUGAAACAUCUUGGGAAAGGGUGUAAAUGGACAGCAGCAAUGAAAGCCGCACAGCUUAGCAAACAUCUUUUUGAAAUUAUUCAGACGACAUAUCCUUUUGUAAUUGUUCCUCAACAUAUUUUGUAAACCUAAAUUAAUCAAGAACCAAUCCUGUUUCAUUAAUGGUUCCCUCCCCACACAUACUUCUUUUUCUAGAAAAAAAUAGUUCAGUAUUUUUGGCAUGUUAAUCUUUAGUUGUAAACCUCACAAUGCUUUCAACUUAACUUGAAAAUUUUAAAUUUUAAUGUGUGUUGUGUUGUUUUUAUCUGUUUUUAUGAAUUUUAAAUGUUGUAUAUUUUAUGUUUUAAUCUGUACACUGCCUAGAGAUUUCUAUAUUCGGCGGCAUAGAAAUUAAAUAAAGAAAGAAAAAAAGAAAUAA